AUGUCUGAAGAUAGUAUGUGUAUGUUAAUUAAUAAUUGUACAAGUCCCAUAGGAGAUAAAACUUCAUCAGCAGCAUUGUAUAAAACAAUUCUUAUCAUAGUUGGUGGUACAAUAUUAUCGGUUUUAACCACUGGUGGUAAUUUACUUGUAUUAAUUUCAUUUCGAGUUAAUAAACAAUUACGAACAGUAACAAACUAUUUUCUAUUAUCGCUGGCUGUCGCUGAUUUUACUAUUGGAUCUUUUUCUAUGCCUAUUUUUUUUACAUUCUUUGAACAAGAUCGUUGGCCAUUUGGUUCAUUUCUAUGUGAUGUAUGGCUAAGUGUUGAUUAUACGAUGUCAAAUGCAUCUGUUGCUAAUCUUUUACUUAUUUGUUUUGAUCGAUACUUAGCGAUAACUCGACCGUUAACUUAUAGAUCUAAACGUACACCAAAACGUGCAACAAUUAUGAUUGGUUGUGCUUGGAUUAUUUCGUGUCUCAUUUGGACACCGUGGAUUUGGGCGUGGCCAUAUAUUGAUAAAAGAGUCCCGCCGGGUGAAUGUCGAUUACCAUUUGCUGCAAAAGCAACAGUCGCAAUACCAACAGCAAUAGCUGCCUUCUAUUUGCCGGUCACGUUAAUGUGUUUGCUUUAUUUUCGUAUCUAUCGUGAAACAGUUAAACGCCGAAAAGAAUUACAUCUGUUACAAGCUCAAAAUCGUGGUCCAAAUUUUCCAACAACAACAUCAAAUGUUAGUUCAAAUGAUCGUUCAGUAAAAAACUUGAGUACUGUAGGAACAACAUACGUCACUGAUCGUGAUGAAAGCAUCUCAACAGAUUCUACACGUUCUCAUGGAAAAGUUUUAUCUGCACAAAAUUCUUCGGCUAAUAAAUUAACAUUAGUGAAAAAACUGCAAAAUACUAAAUUCAACUGCAUUUUUAAUUGUUGUUGUCAUCGGAGGAGUUUUGAUCAAACGAAAUCGGAUGCACAUCAAAAUGAGCUCGAUGAAGAUGAUUUUUCAAGUGAACUUCAUCCUGCAAUUAAUUCUAUGAGUGAUCGAAAUUUAAUCGAUCCUCAAGGCACAAUAAAUCAUGGGAAAAUAUAUCUUAUUAACGGUCGUGCAGCUACUAUUCAUAAUUCAUCCGAAAAAACGAAAACUAUUUUAUGUGGUGAUCCAUGGAUUCGUCGUUGUGAUGAUCCGUCAUCAAUGAAUUCUAUGUGUAGUCAAGCUCAUCAACAGCGACAAAAAUCUAUUCAAUAUGAAACUCGUCUCUAUUGUCAUUCGUUAUCAUCAGCAUCCGACGAUCAUAUAUCUCAACAGCAACGUCAACCAUUGAUCAAUAAUAUUGAUAAAGAUAUUGAAUAUGUUGAAUCUCGAUUGCGUGGCCAAACAACAGUCUCAUUACCACCUCUUCAGCCAACGAAUUGUACAAAUGAUAGUAAUUGGCGACCAAUUCCUAAGCAGAAUUGUGUCGAUCCACUAGUAUCUUCAUCCGAUGAAAAACAACAAUCGGUACAUAUUGCCAAUCAAACAUGUCCAAAUGCUAUGAAUACACAAAAACGAAAUGACGUCAAUACAGCAACUUCAAAAUCAGCCACACAAAAUCUCACAACAUCUGUUUCGACAAGUACACACGGCAGUGUUAAGAAUGUAAAGAAUCGUUUAGAAAAAAUGAAAGAUCAAAAAGCUGCGAAAACUUUGAGUGCUAUUUUAAUUGCUUUUAUUGUUACAUGGCUUCCGUAUAAUACAAAUAUAGUCAUAUCGACAAUAAAGCCAGAUAUAUUUGAACGUGGCUUUCCAAUGUAUUGGGAACGUUUCGGUUAUAUGUUAUGUUAUGUUAAUUCAACGAUUAAUCCCAUGCUUUAUGCUCUAUGCAAUGGAACAUUUCGAAGGACUUUUUCUCGUUUACUACGUUUUCAAUGUCAUCGACGUCAUAAUCCAGCGUAUGUGCAGAAAGCUUAUCGAUUUCAAGUAAAACGAAAUCUCCCCACGACUAAUAAUGAUAAUAAUAUCUAA